GGCUGAGGGUGUCACCCGUCCACAGCUGGACCGCCGGGAGCUGGGGGCGUUCCGGAAGCAGCAGGAGGAGCGGUGGAAGAGCCUCAGCGGGCAGCUCCAGGAGAAGGCGCUGCAGGCAGAGCGUGACAAUGCCGCUGGGAUUAGGAAGCAGCUGCUGCCCGGUUUCCAUUGCCUGUCCUGUGACCGGCCCCUCAACAUGCUGGCACCUGGACCGGAGCGGACGGGCGAGUGCAGAUACCCCACUGUUCCGCGGAGCUGUGGGGGCCCACACACCGUCACGCCCCCGCGCUUCCAGCCCCAACCGCCCAGCACCCCACGGCCGUCCCAACCCAGUGCCCGCCGCCCCAACAAGAAGGACGCGAUGCAGCUGUCGGGCCAGGACGGCACUGAUGGGAAGCGGCAGGACGAGCAGCUCUCCAUGAUGGGGGGCUCUCAGAUGCCCACAACACCAACGGCCACCCCAGAGACCUCGACCUCGAGGAGCCAGAAAAGUAUGGCCCUGUCAGGGCACCGGGGGGCAGAGGACACCCCGCUGUCUGGGGGGACGGGUCUGUGCCCACAGCUGGGCAGGGUUGGACGGGGGUCUGGGCUCUGGGCUGGGCUGUGGGGGCAGCACUGGCUGCUGGGGCAGCCGGUCCCUGUGGUGGAGCUGGAGGGAGCUGGGGCGACAUGUGGGGUGGUGCUGGGCAGUGUGGGACAACAGCCUGUGUGCUUCAGGGUGGGGGCAGGACCCUGUUGGUGGGUGUCUGUGGCUGACCCUGCCCCUCGCCCCCAGGCACCGCCUCCCCGCUGCUGUUAGCCGUGCUGAAGCGCCAACCAGCCUCAGCUCCCGGACGCCUCACCCAGGCACCGAAGCUGCUGCCACACCGCAUUAAAUCAGCGCCCUGACAGCCGGGCAGGACGGGGGUCCCGGCCCCGGUCCCACCGCCCCGGGCGCUGAGCUGGCAGCGGCUGCAAUAAAUGGCGAUGGGCAACCAAGCGCUGGUGUGGUCUGAGUGGGGGUCCCUGGGGCAGGAUGGCAGAAAGCCCCCUGUGUUUGCUUUUUCAGGAGAAAAAUAAGUGCUAAAAAGGCGCUUUGGGGGUGCCCAGGUGGAUCCAGUGGUAUCCAGGGUCCCCAGAGGGAUCACGGGGAGCAAACCAGUGGGCACCAGGGCAGAGCCAGCAGAGGCCCAUCCUGCACCCCGGCUGGGGCUGAGGUGUCCAUGGGCUUCAGAAGCA